AUGAAUAUUUUUAAUGCUAGAUGUUGUCUCUUAACUUUAUUUUUUUUUCUUUUCGAAAAAAAAUUUUGCAAAAAGGGUGCCGUAGGGGCAUCUGCAUUGAGCAAUGAGCCCAUUUAUUACGCCCCUAGUGGGGGGCUGCCUCCGUGUGUGAUUAUCAGUAGACAGUUAAGCGGGGAUGAGGAGGAUGGCAGUGAAGACAACGCUGAUGAUGGCGGCUUGUCCGGGGAAGGCCUUCCCUACGAAGAAGGAAAAAAGAGUGACCUUGUGAACGACACACCCAGCCAAAACCUGGACGGAGAUGAAGAUGAAGAUACCGCAAAAGAUGGAACAGCGAAGCGAAAGAUGAGUAAGAAGGAGGAAGAGGAGGAGGAUAAAAAAAUUGACAAGUUGGUAAAUGCGGAAAUGAAAAAGCAAGAGGCGGAAAAUGAUCCCGACGAGGAGUUCGACGCAGAACCAGACAACAACCAGAGAAGUGGCCAAGGAAGAAGGUCAAAACUGAGGUGCUCAAACAAACUAAAUUACAUACAGGUGACGGCGAAUGACCAAGGGGAGGAUGAUCUAUUUAGCGAAAACGACGAGGAGAGUUCCCCAAAAUUCGUGGAAUUACCCCAUAAGAUUAAGGAAGACACCAACGGCAUGCCAACUAAACAGAACGAACGGGAGGAAGCAUAUAACCGUAUUGACCAUAUUGACCGCAUGGACCGAGCGGAAAAAGAAAGCAAUGCGAAUGACUUAAAAUUUGUGGAGGGGAAUACCUUCAUGCAGGAGGGAGAACAGCACAACGAAAAUUCAACUGAUCCAAUAGGAGAAAGAGAAAGAAAAAGGAGUAGUUCCUCCUCACCCAAUAGACAUACCAGAAACAGUUUUAUGGACCUCAAAAUAGUGCCUGAUAAAUUGCCCCUUAAUUUUACCAACUCCUCUGGUAGCCCCCUAUUUCACAAAAAUUUGCAGAAAACUGUUCAUAAGCACUCACCCUGGCCUAUCUUGGCGUCCGACUCUGGUUCCACCCGCGCAUCCUGGGCAGACGUCAACAGUAGUACCUACAAUGUGAGUCCAUUCAGCUUCAUCUCAGUACAUACACAUAACGCUUUGCACUUAAUGCCUAUGAAUUUUCAAGUCCAAAAUUCCGUCAUGAAGAUAAGUGACGAAGCGUUCGACAAAUUGAAGCUUCAGAACAGCGUCAAUGUGUAUGACAAAGAUGAAUUGGUAGACUAUAAGUAUGAAAACUUUGAGGUGAAGGAAGGGGAAGAAUAUAAUGACGGGAAUGACAUAAACGACAUGAAUGACGUGAAUGGCGCAAAUGAGGAAAAGGGUGGGGAGGAGGAGGGUUCCAAUGGGGAAGGAGCAGAUUCGAAUUCAGAUCAGAACAACAGUUCGGAUGGACGUGGAUUCUUCGAUGGGAGCUUGGUCACCUACACCAUUGUCAUUUUAAUAGGUGUUAUAAUUCUGCUUUUAAGUUUUGUCAUUUAUUACUACGACUUAAUAAACAAGGUGAAGAGGCGAAUGAGUGCAAAACGGAAGAACAACCAAUCUAUGACCAUUGCGAAUGAUACUUCUGCGGGGCUCUACAUGGACGACACUUACAAGGAGAGUCCCCACGUUUGA